UGUUUUCUUUUAGAUUGUCAUCCACAGUGUCAAUACUGUGUUGCCAAUUUACAUGAUACUGGAAGUGUAUGUUUAAAAUGCCAGUUCUCCCGAUAUUACUUUCUUGGAGACCGCUGUAUUCCAGAAUGUCCUGCUGGGUUUUAUGUAGAGGGAAGAAACUGUAAAGGUUGUCACCUGUCUUGUAAAGCCUGCAGUGGUCCAGACCUAAACUCGUGUACUUCCUGUGAGGAUGGUCUUGUUUUGUCUCACAGUGGCAUGUGUACUCAGAUUUGUGCUCAAGGUUACUACCAGGAUGGAAAUGUGUGCAAGGCGUGUAACAGCCAAUGUUUAAGUUGCAAUGCAGCAGAGGGAUGUUCUACAUGUAAAGACCCAAAUAAAGUUUUGCUGUUUGGAGAAUGCCAGUAUGAAAGCUGCACACAGCAGUAUUAUCUUGACUACAGUACCGGAUCAUGCAAAGAGUGUGACUGGAGCUGCAAUGCCUGCAAGGGCCCUUUGAACACUGAUUGCCUGCAGUGUAUGGAACACUACAUCCUUCAUAAUGGAGCUUGUGUUGAGCAUUGC